GUGAGCGCGGCGAGGCCCGGCAAGCCCGGCAAGCCCGGCAAGGCGCGGAACGGUCGUGUUAAGUCGUUAGUCUCUUUUCCUCUUGCUGUUGUUGCUGCUGCUGGUGCUUCGACCCCGCGCUGCACUCGUCGCCCAGUUUCUCAGAAUCACACGUUCGCGGCUCUGGCGAGCUGCGGGCUGUACCGCGAGGCACCGCGUCGCCUUGGGCGCCCUGGCGGUCCGGAUGAGUUGCAUCCAUGCACUGCCAAAAAUCGCAGUCGCCUCGCAGAGAAGAUGAGAGCGGUUCGGGCGCCGCCGCGUUCGGGACGUGCCCGCCGCGGGCGUGGGCCCCGGACCCAGCCUCUGACGGCUCGCUCAGACUCCCGCUCAACUACAAGAUGACGACGGAGCCGGCGGCGGCGGCGGCCGCCAUGGACAUCGACGAUGGCUUCUUCCGGCGGCCUCGCUCCGACCUCUCGCACCUGCACCACCUGGACGGGCGCCUGGACGGACGCCUGGAAGGACGCCUGGAAGGACGCCUGGAAGGACGCCUGGAAGGACGCCUGGAAGGACGCCUGGAAGGACGUCUGGACGGGCGCCUGGAAGGACGCCUGGACGGGCGCCUGGAUGGACGCCUGGAUGGACGCCUGGACGGACGCCUGGACGGGCGCCUGGAUGGACGCCUAGAUGGACGCCUGGACGGGCGUCGCUUCGCGCCCGGCCACGGCUUCCGAUCGCCGCAUUGGCCCGAGCUGGCCCUGCGCCCGCCCCACCUGCAGCGCCAGGGGCUGGGUCAGGGACUUGGCCAGGGGCUCGCCCAGGGCCUGGCCCAGGGCCUCGGCCAGGGGCUCGGCCAGGGCCUCAGCCAGGGGCCCCACUACGGCGUCUACGCGCCGCUGUACGCCGCGCACGCCGCUCGCGCCCACAAGACCAUGAUCUUCAGCGGCGGCCACGCCGUGGAGCAGCGCGUGCCCACCGCCCCUGACCCGGGGCUGCGGGGGCUGCGCGCCGAGCACCGGCCGCUGUUCCCCGGCUGGGGCAUGGCGGGCAUGGCCGGCGUGGCGCUGGGCUCGGCCUCCUCGGCCUCCUCGGCGCGCAGGAGCGUGCAGGCCAUCCAGGCCCAGAUGCUGGACGCCUCGCCGCUCGCCCUCAACAUGGUGGCGCAGGAGGGCUCCGCUUUUCAACGAGUGGUUCGGUCCUGCUCUGAUCUUCGAUUCUUACCUCCGCCUUCUCAUAAAGCUGCCGCUUUGCAUUCCGGAGAGAAGGGUGCUGUAACUGUGUCUAAGAAGGAACUUGACUUGUCGCCGCAGAGUGACAGUCAUGAUGUGUUAAAAGAACAUGAUGACGAUGAAGAAUCUGCGGAUGACUGUAAACUAACAUCUGAGUUCGGACUUCCUUUCAAGAAACGAAAACCUCGCCUGGAUAUAGUCAAAAUGGAACUGACGAAAGAAGACAACCCAGCAUAUGUUCAGUUGGGCGGAGACCAUUAUGAAGGAUGUUUUUGCCAUGAUCUUCUUGAAUGUGAAGGUUCCGUCAGUCUCGCAGGGAAGUUUAAUUCUUGGUCCAGCAAGCAAGCUCAGAUGUGGCUCUGGAAAACAUUGAGAGAGCACAAAUUUUCUGAAAGUGCUAUUUGUAAGACAUUGCUUAAAGUGAAAGAAGAAAAUGGCUUUGACCUGUCUACAUUCACUAAGGAUUUGUGGAAGGAAAAACUGUCCGAUUGUGAUGAACCUGAUUCCCCUGUAAGAAUGUGGGAGUUUGUGUGGGAAUGUGUCAUGGAACGAUCAAGAGACACAUCAUUGAGGCCCCACAAUUACUCUGCCGAGCCACUGUCAAGAGACGUAGACAUGCUUGGAUGCAACAUGUUCUCCCACUACACAACAGGAGGCAAUAUGUCAGCCCCUCUCGGAAACAUUGGUCUUUCCAAAAAACUUAACAAGCCACCUAGGAGAAGAAGAGAUAAAUGUGUUGGCCAGCUCUGGGAAUUUGUAUAUAAUCUUCUUCAAAAUAAGGAUAUGGAGCAUGUUGUGCGUUGGGAAGAUAAGGAGAAACAAUUGUUCCGUAUUGUUAACACAGAAGAAAUCGCGCGUCUCUGGGGCAAUCACAAAGGCAAUGGGCAUAUGACGUAUGCAAACAUGAGCCGCACUAUGCGGUACUACCGAGAGGGAAAUGGCGCCUUUGUACGGAAUGAGCGCAAAAGGGUGUAUGGGUUUGGACCAAAGGCAAAUUUGAAAAGGCUUGAGGCAAAAGCGGGCAGAAAACUUGUGAAAUAAUUCAAUUAUGCCAAUAUUUAUUGUUCAUUUAUUUUUCUGUUUCAUUAUCUCUUUACGAUUAUGUUGCUGCUGUUUCCAUUUUAAUGAUGAUGGUCAUCUUUUGACUAAGAAUCUUUGUUUUUCUCUUCUUUUUUUCCAGUUUGUACAUUGUAGUAAUGUUGGCUUGUGUGUGUGAAUGAAUGAGGUUUUUGAAAAAAACUGUGGCUGUGUAAUUCCUUCCUUAUCUCUUCUGUUGUGUUUUUAUUUUUUAAAAGUGAGUUGUCUCUUCAAACAGAAAACCCAUUAUGUAUUGUAUGAUUAUUGUGUUAUUGUAGGUGUUUGUUGUGAAUUGUCUUUAUCUUCAAUUCUUCCUUGGUAAGUUACUUGUUUCAAUAUAAAAGUGAAUUUAUAAUAUUUUGCAGUGAAGGAGUCAUUAUUGCUCUGUUGUCUACCCACAAAGAAUUUAUUUUUUGGCUGUUAUUAAGCUCCAUUAUCCAGCAUUGUGAAUCUUGGAAGUAGCAGAGGCACUACUGGCAUAUGUCCGAUUAAAAUCCAGACUCUAACUCAUGUGCUCUAGUGUAACUCAUAAUUCAAAGCCAUGUAUGUAAUGUCUCAUUUUGUUAAGGUUAGAUUAGGGGGUCUUGCUCUCCAAUUCUAUUAUUUCUGUGAUCUGUUGUUUAUGUAACAAACCAUCUUUUCGUUUUCAAAGUUAUUUAAUAAGGUGAUUGCUCAAUGUAACAUCAUGUCGCAUUAUUAUCAAUUAUCAACUAUAAACAUUAAAUUGAAUAACUUUGGGUUUGAUCUAAUAUAACUUAAUAUAAUAUAUAAAAUGGUUAAACAAACCAACGGCCCCAAAAAUUUUAAUUUUAAUAAAUCAGGAAACGUGUAUGAUAUGAAGAAGCCUGGCGAUGUGAUGUGACAGGAGUCACUUUCACUCUGUUUAAAUGUGGUCGUGUUGAUGGUCUGACCACAGUAUUUGAUGGACCAACAAUGGUAGUGUGGAAGCAAUCAUUUAAAUUGUUAAAGACAUACAAGUUAUCUGCAGACUUCAAUUUGAAGAACGGGGCUUAGCAUGACUACAUGCUGCUUGAAAAAAAAA